AUGGAGGGCUCGCAGACGGGCGAGGGGGGCCGUGGGUCCGGCGGCGGCGGCAGGGCCCGGCCCCGACGCGCCUCCCCCGAGUCGAACGUCUCCAACCACUGCUCCAACAGCCACGGCGGCCCGCCGAGCGGCCCGUUCCGCAGGGGGCGGAAGAGGACGCGCGCCUGGGAGUCCACCGAGGGUUCGAUCCCUUCGGACGUCUGCAUGGACACAAGCCGGAGGCGGCUGCACCAGGGCAGCGCGGAGGGCCUGUCGCCCUGGCAGGAGCUGCCCUUCGGCACGCUGCAGAUGAUAAUGAGCGAGCUGCUAUGCAUGGACGACGGGGAGGCUGGGGUGCGGCGGUGCGGGUGCGUGUGCCGCACCUGGAGGGGCGUGUCGGCCGAGCUGCUCAUGACGGACACGGCGGCCUCUAGGCCACCGAGGCGGCCGGCGCCCCCGCAGACGACAGAUGGUGGGGCCACCAGCCUGGCUAUCGUGAGGGAGGACGAUUCGUUGUCGAAGUCCGUCAGUGGGGGGGGAAGUGAGCACCAAUCGCCAGCGUUCCAAAGCCAUCCAGCUCAUGGCGACCAAACCCUUCAUUCCCCGGGAUUCCGUAUGAUCCGAUUUGGCCUCGACAGGCAGGCGCGACCACUGCAGCUGGGCCAUGGCAGCCACCACUUCUCCUUGGCGGGCAGGCACCAUGGCCUACAUGGCCAAGAUGUGAGUGUGCACAGGGUGGAUUUUCGCGAGCAGGGAAUGGUGAACGUACAGCAUGCAGACGCCCAGACGCUUGGCAGAAGUGCGCCGGUGAGCCAUGACAGGGUGUCCGAACUUGCACCACCAUCCCCACAGAGGGCGGUUCUGGAGGAGGCUAACCUCGUAAGCGAGUCGGAACUGGCGCCACCGUCUCCACAGAGGGCGGUCCUUGAGGAUAUGAACCUCAUAAGCGAGUCGGAUGCAGAGGGCGGAUGUGGCUUGUCGUCCUUGAGGACGGGAGAGUGCUCUGAGGGCUCUGCACGAAGCAGGCCUGUGCCCCAGGCGACUUGUUAA